UGACUGACUAAAGGUGUUCUUUGGCAUGCUCCUUCCAUCUAGAGCUGAUGGAAUGUUCAGCAUGUAUAAAUGCAGUUCUAAGAGGAAGCAGUAGACUAGAAGGACCUGGCAGAGACCGAGAGAUACAAACCUUUCACAGGUUUUCAAACAAAUCUCAAGAUAUCACUGUGGGUAUGUACACAACUAGCUAAAUAUAAAAUGUGCACUUGUAUUUAAUGCAUGAUACGGGUGAGGGAAAUAUUAUGACGUUAAUACUCAUCAUGUCUUGGUACAUGGGCACAAACACUUUGGCCCUAUUGCCUCUAAAUGUAAAUGUAAUUUAUCUGACAUCAUUUUUAUUUGACAGUAGCUUAGCACUACAAGAGUGAUUGUAGUAAACAAGAGUAGGUUCAACUUUUUAAAGCUGUUUUGUAACAUUUCACAUUCAAGAAUGGUUUGUUUGUUAAGUCACAUUUCACAAUUCAAAAGGUUAUUUUCUUAUCCCCUUCUAGGAAACACUGGUUGACCUGACAGGUAAAAUGCCUUAGCUGUUUUUGUGAACUACUAUGAAAAACAUUAUUAACAAAAUGAUUUCAAGUUUUACCAUUUAAAUUGAAAUUGACUGAAAUUAAAGGUCUUAAGUAUUGAUGUCUCCCUUUUGCAGAAUGUUCUCAAUCCUGUUUGUCACAGUCUUCUUGGCCAGCUGCUUGGCAAUGCGUGAGUAAUACAAAUACAAUUCUGAAUUAUAAUUAUUCAAUAAUAGCUUUUGUGCUUUCCCCAACUAGUCUUUUUCAGUUAGACUUAGGAGUUCUUCUUUGAGACAAAAGCUGAUGUAUUAAAGCAUUGCAGAAUAUACUUUUGUUAAUUAAUCUGCACUUUAUUCAUAAUAUAAAGUUAUUUCAGAAAUGUGUUGGCAAAAUUGAAAUGAUGUAUAUAUAAAUAUGUUUUAUUAAUAUAGUAAAUAUAGUAAACAUAUUGCCCAUGUUAUUUUAGCCAUCAAAGAACCGUACUCGUAUUCCUCUGCGGUGGGUCUGGGCACUGGCACCCCAUUUGCUUCCUCCGGUGAGGGACGCAUCACAGCGGUCAGAGUGUGGGAGAACAACAACUACUACUACUACUACUACUACAACAACAACGCCUACAUCAACGGGUGAGCAGACCCUGACCCAUGAACAGACACCACCGACUCAGUCCAACUACACUACCCAACAGACACACUCUUUCUUUCUUUCUUUCUUUCUUUCUUUCUGUAUUUCUGUAUUUCUGUAUUUCUGUAUUUAUUGUGUUUAUUACAUAUUCAGUACAUGACAAAACAAUAGUGUUAUCAUAUCUAACCCAGAGUACAAUGGAAAAUGUCAGUCCUUGAUAUUCUCUGACGCUACCUGCUGUCUCCGUCUGAAUGUGCCUUAUCAAAACACAACCAACGUGAAAAGCUUCCUCUGUUUUAGGUUCCAGCUGAGAUAUAGCAACACCUGGUCUCCUGUGUUCGGUCGCGAAGUGGGUGAAAAGCAGGAGAUGGAGCUGUUUAAGGAUGAGGCCAUCGUCGAGGUGUCUGGGAAGUACAACCCAGCAGACUACAUCUGCUACCUGGUGAUCACCACCAACACAGGGCGCACUCUGGCGGCCGGCCUGCCUAACCAAGUCUCCUUCAACUUCUACCCAGCCAACAAGGGCAAUGAGCUGAGGCUGCUCAGCGGUCGCUUCAACGGUGCCGGGAUCACUUCCAUCGGAGCCCACUGGGGAUUGGUGUACAAGGAAGAGGCUGGAAACAGUACCUCCUCUUAAUCGAGAAAAAAAAUUAAGUAUGUCUUGCUCUUUGGGAUGGUUUCCCGGAUACAGAUUUAAUAUCACUAUCUGAUGGGUGCUUCAUGCGAUUUUAAACUGAAUUAAUUUGAAUAUUUAGAAUUUUUUUGGAGUAAUUUUGUACUGCUUCAAGUGAGGUGAUCCCGUUUGAGUGAGUGGGUCACGGACCACAUGCGUUGUUACUCAUCACUUGAGGUUGUAUUUAUCACAAUUAAUGAAAUAAUCAUAUGGGAUUUAAAGGAUUCAUUAUAUAUUUGAUGAAUUGAACAAUAAAAUAUUAUGGGGAGAUAAUUGCAUAUCAUGGUACUUCACCUUCACUAUUUUAUACACACUGUAUUUUUUUUGUGUGCUCCUUUUCUGCUACAUCUGCAUACUGAGAUUUAAUAAAAAGCAUAUCUUUAA